GUCAACGUUGUCGCUGCGAUCAGUUGAGUUUUGUGCGUUGUGCGGUUAAGUUGCGCGUUCAGCUCCGGUCCCCCCUUUUUGAAGACUCACUGUGUGAUAUUAAUCAGUGCACCACACAGAACAGAACAGAACAGAACAGUACAGAUCAAGAGCCACAGACUCAGGUCCACGUUCAGAUACAGAUUCAGAUUCAGGUUCAGUUUAAUUGAGCAAGAGUCCCGACAAACGCCUGCAUCGACGACUUUCGAGUCCCACGCAAUAAGCAGCAUUGAAAUUGUUAAAUUGUUACAUCAAAACCCAUAAAUCAAAAUGAGAGAAAUUGUGCAUCUGCAGGCUGGCCAAUGUGGCAACCAGAUUGGCGCUAAGUUCUGGGAGGUCAUAUCCGAGGAGCAUGGCAUUGACAGCAAUGGCAUCUACACGGGCGACAGUGAUUUGCAGCUGGAGCGUGUCAGUGUCUACUACAAUGAAGCAUCGGCUGUGACGCGUUCGUCGGGUGGCAAGUAUGUGCCACGUGCCAUUCUCCUGGAUUUGGAGCCAGGCACCAUGGACUCGGUGCGUUCCGGUCCCUACGGCCAGUUGUUCCGUCCGGAUAACUUUGUGUUUGGCCAGUCGGGAGCUGGCAACAACUGGGCGAAGGGUCACUACACCGAAGGCGCCGAGUUGGUGGACAAUGUGCUCGAUGUGGUGCGCAAGGAGUGCGAGAAUUGCGAUUGCCUUCAGGGCUUCCAAUUGACGCACUCGCUUGGCGGCGGCACUGGAUCUGGCAUGGGCACUUUGCUCAUUUCGAAGAUACGCGAGGAGUAUCCGGAUCGCAUCAUGAACACCUAUUCGGUGGUGCCAUCACCCAAGGUGUCCGACACGGUCGUCGAGCCGUACAAUGCCACCCUGUCCAUCCAUCAGCUGGUGGAGAACACUGACGAGACGUACUGUAUUGACAAUGAGGCGCUCUACGACAUCUGCUUCCGCACAUUGAAGGUGAACAGUCCGAGCUAUGGCGAUCUCAAUCACCUCGUCUCUCUGACCAUGUCCGGUGUGACCACCUGCCUGCGUUUCCCCGGCCAGCUGAAUGCCGAUCUGCGCAAGCUGGCUGUGAAUAUGGUUCCAUUCCCGCGUCUGCAUUUCUUUAUGCCCGGCUUUGCGCCCCUCACCUCCCGCGGCUCGCAGCAGUACCGUACUCUCAGCGUGCCGGAGCUGACCCAACAGAUGUUCGAUGCCAAGAACAUGAUGGCAGCCUGUGAUCCUCGCCAUGGUCGCUAUCUGACUGUGGCCGCCGUCUUCCGCGGUCGCAUGUCCAUGAAGGAGGUGGACGAACAGAUGCUGGCGGUGCAGAACAAGAACAGCUCGUACUUUGUCGAGUGGAUACCGAACAACGUGAAGACGGCCGUCUGUGACAUCCCACCCAAGGGACUGAAGAUGUCAUCGACAUUCAUUGGCAACACCACAGCCAUCCAGGAGCUGUUCAAGCGCAUCUCCGAGCAGUUCUCGGCCAUGUUCCGUCGCAAGGCUUUCCUGCAUUGGUACACCGGCGAGGGCAUGGACGAGAUGGAGUUCACCGAGGCGGAGAGCAACAUGAACGAUCUGGUGUCGGAGUAUCAGCAGUAUCAGGAGGCCACUGCCGAUGAUGAGUUCGAUCCCGAUGUUAACCAGGAGGAGGUUGAGGGCGAUUGUAUUUAAUGGUGUGGCCAGAGGAAUGAGGUGCGUGCGUGAGCGUCUCCUAUUUGGUGGACAGCAUGUGUUUCUUCGUGGCAUGCGGCAGCAGCUACGCGCCAAACACUGCAUCAUAAUCUAAGGAGGACGCAACAACACAACACACACACACAGUUACACACACACACACACUCACACACACUCGGACACGAACACAAUACACAGCAGUACAGGAAAUGUCAAGCGUAGUUUGACAACAAUCGAAACAUCAUCAGCCGGAAAUGCUCCAAAACUCUCAUUUCACUUCACAAUCAUUACACCCCACUCCCCACUCAUUAUUCAUUAUCCACUGUUCACUCUCUAACUUUCAUCUCAUCUAUAACUUCAUUCUACGCUACACUUUACACGGAGGCACGUCUAUCGCAUUUCUCGCAGCCAUUUUCAUUCACUUUUUGAAUUCCCCUUCAUCACAUCUGCUUGCCCCGUUCUCAUCACUUCACUUCUUCUCACUAAUUUAAGUAUCAAUUUUAUAACAUUUUUAAUAUAUACAUACACAAAUAAUUAUUUAUAUACAAGAUCAAUGAGAAAAAGAUCAACCUUUAGUAUCACAUUAUAUAUUUCAAAUACACGAGUAUAUAAUAUAAAACAUCAUAACAAUUGAAAGAGCAAAAAUUCAAAACAAUUGCACGAUUCUCAAAGAUAUUCAUUUUCAACAUACUAUAUGUUUUUUCAAAUUGCACCGAAGACUGACGGACAGGCAUAAGUUUGGACUCAAAUGGCAAUAUUACGAGUAAUUGUAACACAUGUGAACACCCAAAGAUCGAUCCUACUGAAACAAUUUGAAUAUAUAACAUUGUAUUAUUCUUAAGCACGAACUUGUUUCUUAGAUUCCUGUGCAUAAUUUUCUUGUAGUCUUUAAUUAUUACCCAAGUAAUUAACUAAUUAUAAACUUGAAUAAUAA